UGCAGCCUGCACGGGGACGGGCCCUCCGCCUUCUGCUUCUGGAGACGAGGAGGGCCAAGGGCUGCUCGGCGCCAGCAUCCAGGGCUGGGAGAUGGCCACCGCCGAGCGGCUCCCUGUCGGGCGGGAGGAACGGUGGCCGAGCGGGACCCGUGGAACCGGCAUCUGGCUGUGGGGCGAAGGGGCGAAGGCUGCAGCCAAGCGCAGGCCGGAGACUCCCGCUUCUCCCCACCCUCCUCACCCCACCCCACCCCAGUCCUCCUCCUCCCAGCAUUUGGACAGCACCCACCCGGUCGCCUCCGGGGGAUUCGACGGUUCCGCUUUAGCGAAAGGAGGCGGCUUUUCAGAAAAGGGGUAUGAAUGGAGCUCUGAAGAGGAAGAGCCAGUGAAAAAGGCAGGACCAGUCCAAGUCCUCAUUGUCAGAGAUGACCAUUCCUUUGAAUUAGAUGAAACUGCACUAAAUCGGAUCCUUCUCUCAGAGGCUAUCAGGGACAAGGAGGUCGUUGCUGUAUCUGUUGCUGGAGCAUUUAGAAAAGGAAAAUCAUUCCUGAUGGACUUCAUGUUGAGAUACAUGUAUAAGCAGGAAUCAGUUGAUUGGGUUGGAGAUUACAAUGAACCAUUGACUGGCUUUUCGUGGAGAGGUGGGUCUGAACGAGAGACCACGGGAAUCCAGAUAUGGAGUGAAAUCUUCCUUAUCAAUAAACCUGACGGUAAAAAGGUUGCAGUGCUAUUGAUGGAUACUCAGGGAACCUUUGAUAGUCAGUCAACUUUGAGAGAUUCGGCCACAGUAUUUGCCCUUAGCACAAUGAUCAGCUCAAUACAGGUAUAUAACUUAUCUCAAAAUGUGCAGGAGGAUGAUCUUCAGCACCUUCAGCUUUUCACUGAGUAUGGCAGGCUGGCAAUGGAGGAAACAUUCCUGAAGCCAUUUCAGAGUCUGAUAUUUCUUGUUCGAGACUGGAGUUUCCCAUACGAAUUUUCGUACGGAGCUGACGGUGGCUCCAAAUUCUUGGAAAAACGCCUCAAGGUCUCGGGGAACCAGCAUGAAGAACUACAGAAUGUUAGAAAACACAUCCAUUCCUGUUUCACCAAAAUUUCCUGUUUUCUGCUACCUCAUCCUGGCUUAAAAGUAGCUACCAAUCCAAACUUUGAUGGAAAACUGAAAGAAAUAGAUGAAGAAUUCAUCAAAAACUUGAAAAUACUCAUUCCUUGGCUACUUAGUCCUGAGAGCCUAGACAUUAAAGAGAUCAAUGGGAACAAAAUCACCUGCCGAGGUCUGGUGGAGUACUUCAAGGCUUAUAUAAAGAUCUAUCAAGGUGAAGAAUUACCACAUCCCAAAUCCAUGUUACAGGCCACAGCAGAAGCUAACAAUUUAGCAGCCGUGGCAACUGCCAAGGAUACAUACAAUAAAAAAAUGGAAGAGAUCUGUGGUGGUGACAAACCAUUUCUGGCCCCUAAUGACCUACAGACGAAACAUCUGGAACUUAAGGAAGAAUCUGUGAAGCUAUUCCGAGGGGUGAAGAAGAUGGGUGGGGAGGAAUUUAGCCGGCGCUACCUACAACAGUUGGAGAGUGAAAUAGAUGAACUUUACAUCCAGUACAUCAAGCACAAUGACAGCAAAAAUAUCUUCCAUGCAGCUCGUACCCCAGCCACACUGUUUGUUGUCAUCUUUAUCACAUAUGUGAUUGCUGGUGUGACUGGAUUCAUUGGUUUGGACAUCAUAGCUAGCCUAUGCAAUAUGAUAAUGGGACUGACGCUUAUUACUCUGUGCACCUGGGCAUACAUCCGGUACUCUGGAGAAUACCGAGAGCUGGGUGCUGUAAUAGACCAAGUGGCCGCAGCCUUGUGGGACCAGGCUUUAUACAAGCUUUAUAGUGCAGCAGCAACCCACAGACAUCUGUAUCAUCAAGCUUUUCCUGCACCAAAGUCAGAAUCUACUGAACAAUCAGAAAAGAAGAAAAUUUAAUCAAAAAUUUCAAAAAUACAGGUGUGCAUGACCAAAUUGUCAGUUAAAUAUUGUUUUCCAUCUCCAUGCAAACAUUCAAAGUGCUUCCAUCAGAACAGGGUAAAAUACCAAGCACCUCUGAAGAUUGCAAAAUGGUUUAGUUCCUUUAUCUCAGUGUUUAAUAAGCAGAUGUAUGUAUGCAUGGUUUUAUUUUGUUAACAUGUACAGUUUCCUGAUUUUGUCUUCAAAUAUGCUGUUAUAAUUUAAAGAAUUUGUCUAUUUAUGAUAACAGUACAUGUGUUCUGCUUGAAUUUACUAAAUUCUACUACCGGGUUAUAGUUAAACCAUGAAGUAAUAUUACUCCACAUUUGGAUAUGCUCAUUUAAUUUCUACAGAAGAAUUUUUAAAUUAUUUCACAUAGCCAUUUGUUAAAACAUAGCAUCAUAACUCAAUAGGCUUGAUUCAAUCUAUACCAUCUUACAUAUACCAUUAGCUCUUACUAUAAAAGACAUAUAAGAGAGCUUUUCAGUUGCUUUAUCAAAAACUAUAUAUUGCUUUUCUAUCAUGAUUUAAUAUAGAAUAUAAACCUCUUGAUCAAAAAUGCACAAAAAAUCACUUUGUGUAUGUAUUUGAGUUUCACUGCAUUGUAUAUUUUUUCAUUUGGUACACAAAGAAAUGUAUUCAUCAUAGGUUUAUUCUUUUAACAUGUGAACUAUUAUUAAAGUUUACUCUGGUUCCCAAUAUUAAAAACAACUGAAUUUGGAAAUGUUUGGGAGGUGA